AUGGAGCACCUCGGCUACCCGGAAGCAAGGAAAGCACAGAACCGGAUUGUGAUUCUAACAUCAACCCAGUUCUACGCGACACAGAUUCUCCAGGCCACGGAACGUACAGCAAAGGUUCAAAUCCCGACCCUUUUUCGCAAGAAGAAUCUUCAUCAUGUUGAAGGUAAGGGCGAGUGUGGUGUCGUGUACGCUCGUGUCAUUCGAGACGAGUUUCAUCUGGAUAAGGGUAAAGGGACGGGGGUGACCCAAUACAUGCAGGACCUCGAGGCCCUCGAGCCAUUGCGGCGACAGCCUGAAUUCAGAUGGAUACCGGCAGCCACCUCCGCCUGUGUGGCAUUUAUCAUGGUCCGAUAUCCUGUCCGUGGUGGGGAUCCCUUUGACAAGCUACCCUCAUCGUCCGUGUGUACACUUUCUCGUGCAUCCCUUACCUUGGGCACUGCGGCUACUUCCCUGGGCUCCUCCCGUCGGGUGCGCCUUCCUCCGGUCUCGUCAGAAAAUGUGGACAGAAUCCGCCACAAUUCCCAGGGCUUGGUUGAUGCACCAAAGAACGAUCAUGAAGCAGCCAGCCACCCCAGCAACCACUACCGCCACACCUAUGGCCACCAUCGCAGACCUCGUUGCCACCCUGAAUCACAAAUCUAUUUGCACUUCGUGUGGGCUAUAGCCCAGGAACAAAUGGACACCCGAAUGGGGUACCGCUCUGCAACGCGUGACAGAUUUGGACGUAUCCAAAGGGAGAAUCAUACCAUUCAUGUACACGAGGGUGUCAACGAGAUGGUUAUGAGCCCUCCUAUGGCGGACCUGGUUCUUCCUUCGCAAAGCUCCUAUGAGUGA